UGAUCUAUUGAACUGCGGUCUGUACUCAACUAGGACUCGGCUUUGGGGAAAACAUGAUCAAAUGACACCUGAAGCCUUGGACCGAUAGUUCUUAUUUUUGGAAAUAAUCGCGUUUAUUUCUAUGCGCUUUUGGUACUGGAGACUCGCUUCACCAUGGAAAUGCUUUAUCGCGGACCGCUAGUAGAAUUUUUUUCUUGCCCUAUGAAGUACGAAAAAAACUUUAUGGCUUAAGGGGUUAAAGUUUUUUCUUGUGUUUUAGAUGCUUUUUGUAAAAUAACAUUUAAAAAAAUAAUAAUUCCCUUUUUUGAAUCGAAGAAUUCGUAUCGUGUUGCCGCAUUAUGGCUCUCUCACAGGUUCAGUGUCUUGAUGACAAUAAUGUGAACUGGCGUGUGAACGAAUCCAAACCGGAGUUCUUUUUCAGCGAGGACCAGCGGUUUGCGCUCGAAGCGUUCAUCACCAAAGGACGCGACGCGUUUGACAGCUACCUGAAAGAGCACGAACUGCGUCCGUUUCUUUCGGAACCGGAGUUGGAGGUGCUCCGCCGGACUGCGGAAGAUUACAAACCCGGUUUUGAACACCAAAGACCGGAUGGCACGACAGAGGGUGAGGACAGUGCGGUAUCUUUGCAGUACUGGCCGGAUCGCUCUGAUAUCUCAAUACCGAAUUUGGACCUCGGAUGGCCCGAUUGUAAUUCUUACCGCGGAGUGACGCGCGUCAACGUGUACACGCAGCCGCCUGUGGACGGACAAAUGCAUAUAAAAGAAGUGGUGAGAAAGGCCAUUGCACAGGCACAGAAGAUGAUAGCGGUAGUUAUGGAUGUUUUCACGGAUGUGGACAUUUUUAAGGAUCUAAUAGAAGCUGGAUUUAAGAAGAAAGUGGCUGUGUACAUUAUUAUAAACAAUGCAUCUGUACAGGACUUCCUACUUAUGUGUGAGAGAGUAAAAAUGCACAGAGGACACCUCAAUCAUCUGCGGGUGCGAUGCAUCGGUGGUUUGGAAUUCUACACACGCUCAGCUCAGAAGGUGUGUGGCUCGCUGGGUCAGAGAUUCAUGUUUGUGGAUGGUGACCGUGCUGUGUCCGGUUCAUACAGUUUUACAUGGACUGCUUCCCGUCUGGAUCGGAACAUCAUCACAGUCAUGACAGGUCAGGCUGUGGAGACCUUUGACAAGCAAUUCCGUGAGCUAUACCUGAACUCUCUUGCGGUCAAUCUCUCCAAGAUCCCAAUGGCAGACCCACCUGAGCCUGAGCCUGCCACAAUCACUGUUCCUCCCCCUGUUUCUGUAACCGUCGCAAGAAAACUCAUUAACCCCAAAUAUGCGUUAGUAAAUGCCAAAGCAUCAAGCAAAUCCUCUUCGGACAAAGCUAAUGCCAAGAACCGUAACUCCCCAAAUCCAGUGGUCCCGAUUAAGAAGCUCCAAUGUGAGAAACCACAAAUGCAUCCAGGACUUAUAGGCUUGCCAAAGGCAGAUCUCAUACCUUACUUGCCCAUCUGGCCUGAGCCAGACCCACCCAGAGAUGUUAUUGGGUUUAUUAAUAUUCGUGACUCAAGCAAGCCAGCACCAGUGCAUUUAAUGCGCUCGCAAAUGUUUGAAACAUCGAAAGCAAUCUGCUUCAAAAACCCUUUCGUUGCCCCACCUGAGGAACUUCCAGAAAAAGCAAGUCCCCGACCUAAAGCAACACCUUCAUCCAAGAAAAAUACUGUAGUUGCAAAUGUUCAAUCGAGUACCCAGCCUCCAAAAGAUAUUCAACCAGAGACUAAUUUGAGCAGCAUCCUUCAAGAUGCACCAGCAUAUAUCUCUGAUUCAUCAACCACCCAAGUGCAUGAGCCCAAUCCCAACCCUUCUCCAGAUGAGCAGCAGCCAAACCAUAAACCCAUGCAUUCCUCUUCAGAAAAACAAACUGCUUCAGGAUCACCCAUUCCCAAGCCUCGCACCUUACAGGUGGUGAUCAAUUCAUCUGGAGAUGCUGAGAUCAGUUUAGUCAGAAGAGAGGACAUCCAGACAAAAAACCCAGAGGGUACAAAUAUGGACACUAAUGAAAAUCAUGCUGACAUCACAAUUGUGACUUGUGCACAUUCAUUAAAGGAUAAAGAUGAGAAUUCCUCAACGUCAGAAGAGUAUUUUGAAUGCACAGACCCCGAUAGCGCAAGUCCUAGCGACAAGCUCCCUAACGGAAUAACGGGUUCCGUACGCAUUGGAGACCACAGCCCUGACACGCUUAAUGUGAUGGCAAGGUUCUCUCAAUCCAUGCUGGACUUGCGAUCAGAUGACAUAGAGCCGGAGUUACAAAGUACCGCAGAGAUGAAUCUCCUGAACUUGCAGAACAGAGACAAAGCAAAGCUUUAUCAGAUGGCCUCCAGGUCACCAGUUCGAGAAACUUAUGGCCGGGCCAAAGUGGUGAUCGCUAAACCUUGAGUGUUCCACCGACCCCCAAAAAGCAGCGGUCAUGUGAUUGGGGGUCACAAACGCUGGUAGGGGCAUAUGUACAUCUCUGAAUGUCCCCCAAGUGGAUCAGGCCAACAAAACCCAAACCACACCGGCCGGUCUCCUAGAAGACACAGCCCUUCCUCUAAGAUAGAAGGACUGUGAACCAGCCUGUUCAACGGCUCAUGCACUCACAUUUUUGCUCUCCCGCUCAGCGGGGCUCUCAAACAAAAUCUCCAUCGCCAUGCAGACAAGUUGAGACUCGCACACCAUUAGGAAUCUCCUUAUCCACACUCUUCAACUUUUAACACCUUUAAGAAGUUUCCAGUAAACACAUCUGAAUUUGGCUUGGAGGAUAAAUUUGUCUCACAUGAGCACAAUGAAAAGUGUAACAUAAACAUUGUAUUGAUUACAAAAGGAAUGAACGUGCAAUGAUGUAGCCACCAGUUUUCAUUUGCAUAGAUUUGGAAUCCUUUAAACUGGAGUUUAACUGACUUUUUAAACUGACAGCAGUGUUACAGAGACAAAAAACAUUCAAGUUUGAAAACCCAGCGCACAGAGCUUGACUGUGUAUGUGUGUGGAAAUUAUAGUCCCACACUUGUUACAAACAACCUGACUCUUUGUUGUCAUGUGCUUCUAAGCAAUCUGGACUGCAAGAUAUUUGGUGGUGAACUUGUGAUCAUGGUGAUGGCAAUUUCACAUUCACCACUAUUAUUGGUUUAUAGUGUUUCAGAUUAAGAAGAGGUUGGAAAUGGUUAGCAUACAAGCCUGACCAACACAUUGAGCUAUUUGGGAACACUUUACAAGAAGGCUUAAUUUGUUAACAUUAGUAAAUGCUUUAGGUGUCAUGAACUAACAAUUAUUUUUUUACAGCAUUUAUUCAUCUUGGGUAAUGUUAAUUUAUCAAAAUACUGUUGGUCGUUGAUUUGUUCAUGUUCAUAUUAGAGGUCGACCGAUGGUGAAUUUUGCUGAUACCUAUAACUAAGGUGGUGGAAAAGGUCAAAAUGAAUAAAAUCUCAUAUGCAAUCAAAAUCCUAAUAAUAAUCUGAAACAAUUAAGAUUUGGUGCAGAACGUGGGACUUUUAAAUGUAAGCAAGUCCAACAAAGAGGCUCUUAUUUUGCAGAUCGGUAUAAUCGGUAAAACCGAUAUAUCAGUCCACCGCUAGUUGAUAUUGCAUUAAUGUAUAAAACUUUAGAAUUUUUUUUUUUAUUAUUUGCUGAAAUUAACAUUAAUCAAGAUGUGGAUGUAAAGUAUUGUGUUAACAAAUGCAACCUUAUUGUAGUGUUGCCAGUUCUUUUACAAAUGCACACACAUACGCACAUUCUGAUAUUGUGUUUACAGUUGUUCUCUUCAAUUUAAUUGGAGAUCGAACUACAAACUAGUUUUUGUAUUUACUCAAAUGUUAUCAUUUCCCUCACUGUAAUAUUGCACAUUCUCAUUACCUGUCAUUUUAAUGUUUAUCUCAAUUACAAUUGACUUCUCAUACAUUUUGCUUUUAAGUUUACAGCAACCAAUCCUAUGCGAAGAUUUGUAUUUUUAAGAGGCUAGUUUGCACACACUGAUUCCUACAGAUUCUGUAAGGAUAUACUUGAAUCAGAAACUUUUUAAAUGGACACAAGAUUCCAUAAGCC